AUGCUGGCACUGAGGAUUUGGAUCAUUUGUUCCGAGCGUCGAUGCGCUUGGGUGAGCUUGCACGGCUCUUGCAGGACGACUCCCCAAGGGAGGUAUCUUGCCAGGUUGGUGAAGCAACCGACGAUGGCUGCGGGGGUGAUCCCGCAGAGCAGAGCUCCUGGGCCCGGAGAGCCCGGAGAGCCCUGUGUGGAGGACGAGGCUGUUGGGCAGGCCUUCGCGCUGCCAGGAGAAGUGACGGAGACAGAGGCCGAACUGCCAGCCUCCGGAAGCGGCUGCGACCCGGGGCCGGCGGUUUGUGAUAGUUCGGAAGCACACCAAGAGCAGCCAGAACGACUGGAGGAGGUGGCAAUGAUGGACGCUAGCGGAGCGUCCCAGUGUGGCCUACAAGGCUGUGAGGAGGGAUUGCCUGCAUCGGCCGAAAUGCAGGUGCAGGAUCCACCUGAAGCGGGGCAGAUCGCCGGAACAGGCGAGCAUGGCGACUUUGCCGCUGCGCACCUCGCGUUGAGUCAGAUGUUGGCGCUGCUGCGGGAGGCGCUGGCCGAGAGCCCGGCGCCGAGCCCGCGGCCGGCUGCGUCAUGUCCGGACCACAUCACGUCUACAGCUGAGCCCGCCCACUAG